CGGAGCAAAGAAGUCCAGUUCUGCACUUAAAGCCGCUCUGUGUCAAAGUUCAGCGCUCAAAAUCAAGGACAAUAGGCGGCGAAAGAAGACACUGAACUAGAUUUUCUCCGACAGCUUCAUCUUACAGACGUAUGUGUGAAGAGCAGCAGCAUUUCAACACAAAAGUGAAGCUGCAGAAGACGCGACCGGGCUGAAGCACCCAGAGCAACAUGAUCAGAAAGACACAGCGCAGAAUUGUGUCCAAGGACGGACACAACAAUGUGCGGAUUGACAACGUGGAGGGCAUGGUGAAGCUGUACCUGCACGACAUCUGGACCACCGUGGUGGACAUGAAGUGGCGCUACAAGCUCACUCUGUUUGCGUCCACGUUUGUCAUGACCUGGUUCAUCUUUGGGGUCAUCUAUUACUUCAUCGGCAUGGGCAACGGAGACUUUGAGGCAGAUCUGAAUUCCACGCACACACCCUGCUUGAUGAACGUGCAGACGCUGACCGGAGCCUUCCUCUUCUCUCUGGAGUCGCAGACGACCAUUGGCUAUGGUUACCGUUUCAUCUCCGAGGAAUGUCCCCUGGCGAUCUUCACUCUGGUCGCUCAGCUCGUCAUCACUGGCCUCGCCGAGAUCUUCGUCACCGGUGCCUUUCUCGCCAAACUGGCUCGGCCCAAGAAGCGAGCGGAGACCAUCAAGUUCAGCCAGCUGGCAGUGAUCUGCCAGCGUCAGGGCAAGCUGUGUCUGAUGGUGAGGGUGGCAAACAUGAGGAAGAGCCUCCUGAUCCAGUGCCAGCUCACAGGAAAACUCCUGCACUCACACGUGACUCAGGAGGGCGAGAAGACUCAGGUCCACCAGACCUCUGUUGACUUCCACAUGGACUCCAGUGGAGAGUGUCCUUUCCUCAUCCUGCCUCUCAUUUUCUACCACGUCCUGGACGAGCAGAGCCCGCUGGCGGGACUGACGGCAGAGAACCUCCACACUCAGGAGUUUGAGCUGCUGGUCACCCUCAACGCCACCAUGGAGUCGACGGCGGCCACGUGUCAGAGCCGCACGUCUUACGUUCCCAAGGAAAUCCUCUGGGGCUACGAGUUCAAGCCGGUGCUGUUCAGCACCACUGGAGGUCGCUAUGUGGCAGAUUUCAACUUCUUUGACAAAGUGCAGAUGAGCAACGACGCAGCUUUUCUCAGAAACAACGCGGACAAGCUGAAACUCGAGGAGGACUAUAAGAGAGAGUAGAUGACAGACACGGCAUAUGAGGGUAAAUGUGUUACAACAAACAGCUGAUUGGCCCCCAUUUCUUUUCCCGAUUUUGAUAUAAAGAAGUUUUUUUUUAUUGAAUCACUUGAGAAACCUCGGCUAACGUCGUCCAUCUCUGCUCAGGAACGUAGACUCUCACUGAACGUAGUCCUCCAUUAGCUAUUUUUACAAAAUUGACACCUUGUGCUACUGAAGAAGACCUGAAUCUGGUGCUUGAGUCCAUUUAACACUCAUGUAAAUGUUUAUUAACUUAAGUGUGAAGUUGGCUCGUUUUCCCAUACACGUCCAUUCAAAUCAGUUGUUUUUGCAACCAGUGGAGUCGCCCCCUGGUGGUUAACUGCUACUUUUUUCAUCCUACUUUUUAGACUAGAUCAAACUGCAUGUGGGAUAACAAAACAGCAGACUGCUCCUUUAAAAAGAUGAACAUUGAUAUGAAGUGAAUAUGCAGUUAUGGCAGGUCCAUGGUGGUUUUCUUUGGAUGAAUAUUGUCAAACUAAGAGGAACUUUAGAUUUAGAAAAAGCGACUCCACAUCUACAGGUGCUGUUACUGAAAUUGUCACAUGUUACUCAGUUAAGAAAAAUAAUAUAAUUAUGCUUUAGAUAUGGUGAUACCUGGUGUUAUUUAAAGGGAAAUGAUUGCUUUUGUUCUGUAAAUAAAUGUUUCCUCAUUCAGUAAAUA